GAUUUGCAGCCGGCGUGUGAAAGGUGAAACCCAGCCUCGACGCUCCCUUUUCAAGGCGGUCCCGGCCACCCGUCUCAGGGUAAACAGACGGAGGAGGGCAGGGUCCAAGGUCCCUUCCUUCCAAGGCGAGAAGGGAGGCCUGCUUCCGAGCCGGGCGGGUCACGGGGCUGCGUUUUCUCCCCACUGGGUCCCGCCUCUCCCCCGGGGAAAGCAGGCCCGACUGCGGCCAUGCAGCGCCCGGGACGUCCCGCUCCGAGAACCCUCCCCAGCCGUUGUCGCCGUCGAGUAGAAGCCCCGCUUUCCUCGCUCCCUCCAGGACGGAGGAGGAGGAGGAGGCGGCGGCGAGGGAGGCUCCCCGCAAGAAGGGGCGGCAGUGGUCCGUCCCGGGGCGGGGAAGGGGCGUUUGCAAGCUCGGAGGAAGGGCUGCUUCGGGGAGGGGAGGGGGAGAAUUAGGGGAGGAGAAUCCCGACGAAGUUUCCUACUUUGCGCUUCUUUAGCGGGCAGCGGCGCUACGCGGCGCUUCACUCCUCCCGCGAGGCGAGGUGAGGUCCUGCAACUGCCCCGGAGGAGCCAAAGCGGGGCGUCCCCCGCCCGGAGGGGCCUCCUCCUCCGGCCCUCCCGAGGCCCUUUCCCCUGCCGUCCGACGGGACCAUGGCUAGCUGCGGUCCUGGCUGCAGGCAUCCCCAGCCUCCCCCGUUUCGCUUCUGGGACCUGUUCUUUGCCCUGCUGGGCACCCUCGCCUUCCUGGUGGACUUGGGGAUCGACGUCUGGGUGGCGGCCGGCUACCUCCAAGCCGGCCACUUCCAGUGGGGCGGGCUGGUGCUGGGGCUGCUCCUCCUCUCCUCCCUGAUGACCCAGUUCUUCAGCUGGGCUUGGUUCCGGAAUGACCCCGAUAAGGAAGGCCUCCCGCAGCCAUCCACCCGGACUUCGAGGCUGCUCCAUGUCCUGCAGCUGGGCUACCUGUACAGGUGUUUCUGUGUCCUGAAGGUUGGUUUUCAGGUAUGCAACAAGGAAAAUGCAACAGAAAAAGAUCAGGCCUCUGCCAUUUUCCUGUCACACGAUGUCAGUCUCUUGCGCGUCUUUGAGACCUUUCUGGAAAGCGCACCUCAGCUCAUCCUGGUGAUCUACAUCAUCCUACGCACCAACCAAGCUGAGAUAUUUCAAGUAUUUGGGAUUUGCAUAUCUUUUGUGUGUAUCAGCUGGUCCCUCUUGGAUUACCACCAGACCCUGCGCAGCUUCCUGCGGGACAAACACAAGUUGGUCUUCCCGUCUUCGGUCCUCUACUUCCUGUGGAACUUCCUGUUGAUGUGUCCUCGAGUUCUCUCAUUGGCGCUCUUUGCAGUAGUCUUCUCAUACUACAUUUUCCUCCAUUUUCUAGUCAUCUGGUUGGUCAUGCUUCUCUGGGUCUCCUUGCAAGAGACAGACUUAAUGGAACAUGCCAACUUUGAGUGGUUUUAUCGAGCUACAGUAGCCGUUAUCCUCUAUUUCUGCUGGUUCAAUGUAGCCGAGGGGAAAACCCGCCACCGCUCAGCUAUUUACCACACUUUCCUAAUUCUGGAUAGUGGCAUCCUGAUUGUCUCUUGGUGGUGGUACAGAAUUCCCUCGAGCUGGGAUUCCCAACUUUGCCCUGUACUCCUGGCUGCCCUGGUCUGUAAUCCCCUUGGCAUUUUCUUGAAAUGCGUCUACUACAAGUGGUUUCAUCCAUCUGUGACAGCUGCACGCAUUACAGAAUUCGAUGAAGUAGACAGCAAUGAGCUUGGGAAUGAAGAUGCUGUUAUGUUCCGGCAAAUGGUUAUAGAAACCCCCGUCAUCAACCGUCGGACAUAUAGACUCUCUCAGAACUUCUUUGCUGGCUCUUUGGCAGAGGAGACUCGGAACCAACAGAAUGGGACUGUCAGUGAUAUGUAUCUGAGACAUGUUGUUUAGGGCAGCCAAGGUAAGACUAUAGUUGAAUUAGAUUCAGAAAACAUUUGUACCAGUUUGCCUGCUGAAUUCAUGUCUUGUGUUUCUUCCAGGAUUAGCCGCAUAAGCUAAACCAAAUAAGCUAGGAAGGAAAUGUUGUUAUUAGUUAAGGAUGAGCUUUUGCAGCUGUCUUCUUGAAGAGAAUCUUUAGCAGGGGGUGGAAGAUAUGAAGCAACAUCACCAGCAGAUAUGUCCAAAUAGGGCCCAAGUUGAAGAAUGCUAGUUAGAAAUGUAGUUAGCAAAUUCAGAGGUUCCUAGGUACAUCACAGAUGUCUCUAAUUCUGGAUUCUAUGACUUGCACCUUGUUGUGGAUUGCAAUACUUCUCAGAUCUGGUGCACUUUUCAAACUUUAUACCUUUAAUCUUAAAUUCAGGCCUUCACUUCACUGUUCUUGACUGCCCACCUGCCUGUGUUCUGAUAUAAGGCGAGAAAAAAAUUAGUUGAAAUAGCCCUUGGUCACAUGCUUCCCCUUUUCUUUGAUGUGACCAUCGAAAGGGUUCCAAAGUGUCACUUCUACUUUUAACUAGUUCUUGUCAUAGUAUCUGAACUAUGACAUCAAGGUUUCCAGUUUAUCUGGAAAACCACAUAAUCCUUAAAGCAUAAACUAUAAACUGACUUUAACAUAUCACUUCGAAGAUGAACUAGUUUAGAAUUUGGUGCUAUAGUUCAUGGUGCUGAGACUUUUCCCGAUCUCAUUGAGAUGAGGAAGUUCACAAACCUGGUAGUUCACUGUAAUUAUCUAUGGUUUGAUAUGGGGACUGAUGGAAAUAGAAUUCCAAAAUACCUGGAAGACAUUAUACUGUGCUUUAAGGCAACAUCUGAAUUACCUGGAGUAGCUUCAGCCCUUCCCCUCAGUUCUGAUUGAUAUUUUGGCCAUCUGUGCCCAAAUAGUUUAUAUUUCAAAAGUUUUGAGAGGACAGUCUUUAUUCCAAUUUCCACGUUAUCUUGAAGGGAAGCUUAGAAAACAUGCCUCUAACACUUCUUUGGCUCUCUUCCUAUGCCAUAAUUUUAAAAAGUCAGUGUUAAUUUAAAUCUUCACAAUGAUUCAGAUUGACUGGAAUCAGCAAAAAUAUGUAUGGCAGUGAUGUGCAUAUUCAAUUUAUUCAAGCCUCCAAUAUAGAAGAUGCAAGUUGGGAAUGGAAGGAAUAGCAGAGCUGUAGGAAAGGAUUUAGUAUACAUACUUAAACAUUUAAACAAAAUUCAAACCCUCUCGUUUUUCACUUCAGAAAGUGGAUACACUCGUCUUAAUUUCUCUCCCUCCUUCCACUAAACUGUCUCCCAGUUUAUUUUUUUAUAUAUAGUAAUGCCAAAUCCAGUGCAACUGUUAAUUUAUUGCCACUUCUGAAAUGUUUAGACUGAAUAAAGUAUUUCAGUUCCUGUUCA